AUGUAUCCCUCAUCCCUCUCGACCACCUCCCCCAUUGAACCCGCCGUGCAGAUAUUCACAAACCCGUCUUAUCUGAAACGCACCACCUGCGAUCUCUGCCGAGAGCGCAAAGUACGUUGCGACAGGGGUAAACCCCAGUGCGGCCGGUGCAAGAGGAUAGGCCAAACAUGCACGUAUCCGUCGGCCGGUGGGGAGGUGGCACGCAUCAACUCGGAGCUCAGGAGUUUGCAAUCACGCCUGCGCCAUGUAGAGUGCAAGUUGGAAAAGCAAGAUAUCUCUUUCCCGGUUGAAUUCGUCGGGCCUGUUUUGAAUUCCAGAUUCAACGACAGCGCUCCCUACACGCCACAGCUUUCCAGCGACACUACGCUAGGAGAUAUCGUUAUACCGUCUGAUCUGGAAUCGUGGAACCAUGCCAUGGACUUUGAUUCCCUAGAUGGGCUACUCGACCAUGGUAUCCCUACAGAAAGCAAUCACCAGUGCGAACCUCUAGCCCCUGACGAGCUUCCAUCCAUUGCAUCAGAUCAGAAUAACCCGGCAAUAUGGGCCGUAGAACGGCCUCAUAUAGACCAGUCAAAUGUGCAGCAGAACGUGCAUCCCGACCCGAGAAACGAGAUGGUGGAGAUAUCACCAGCAACGAUGGAACAACUCUUCCACAAUUAUCUCGACUUCGUUCACAGAAAUGUGCCACUGAUAGAUACCACGGAAUUCUUUCGUAACACCGCAUAUGCCACGCCACACCAGCAUCAGGGAUUGAAAUAUGCCGUCGCCAUGGCGGGGGCGGGUUCACACAAAACAACAUUACACCUAGAGCAACAGUGCUACGUUGCCGCAAGGUCCCAUCUGGAAAUGGCGGAGAUGCACAUGGGGGACUCUACUUUCUUGAACCUUGAGACAGUGCAGACAUUGAUCCUUAUUGCACGCUACGAAUUCACCCGGACCCAUGCCACACGAGCCAUACUGACCAUGGCCCGACUCUUGCAGCUGGUUCGUCUGCUUGAACUCGAUAACCUCGAUCGUGGAGAACAACAGGGCGGUUCAUCCCCACGUCCCGCAAAGAUCGACGAGUCCCGAAAUACGUUGUGGAUGGCGUAUGCCUUACAUUGCCACUCGUCGACCAUAUUCCCGCGCUGCGAGCCUCUCGAUGUAGAGACAAUCCACACCGCACUACCCUGCGACUGGCAAGAGCGCAACGGGGAUACCCCCCUAAUCUUUCUCUCAAAAGCAGUCACACACCCUCAAAGCGACGCACUCUCCACGCUAUCCAUCUUCGUUCUCGCCAUGCAGCUCGCCGCUUCCACCGAGAAACACCACCGCAUGACCACAGCAAACGUGUCCGGCACAGGAGCCCCAGACUACAACUUCUGUCUCGCGCACGAACGCAUAGAGAACACCAUCAGCAUGAUCCUGUCCGCUCUAUCCGGACGUUCGUUACAGACAGACCCCGACAAGGAACUGCGCGUGCUAGCGCUAGUCAUCACCUUCGGCGCGCGCAUAACCCUAUACAAGGUCGCCAUCGUAAACGCGCAAAAGGCGUCCUUCCUCGGCCCUGUGGUGGGAGAGAGCCAAAAGAUAGGCGUCUUGGCUGCCAAUGCUAUGUGUGAUGUGCUCCUGCAGGCGGAAGUGUUGGCUCCUGCUCAUAUCCCCAUGUACCGCGCCACAAGCAUGUUCAUCAUGCGUCCUCUAUCUCUGGCAGCCGAGAUCCAACUCUGUGUUCUGCAAAGUGCCGCGCAGGGCAGUGGGGUAGGCAUCUAUUAUAUGAACCGGGAGAUCCGCCACUCGAUGGAAGUGAUAUGUCGCGCCAUGGAGGCCUUCCAGGAAGGGAUGAGUCAGUAUGAUGAUAUCAUCCGGGCGUGUCGGGAGUACUUGGAUCGCACGCAGUUUGGGGACCGGUUUUCGACCGAUUUUGGGAAUAAAAGGAGGUCACUUAGGGCAGCGGCGGAUGAGUGUUUUGAGCUGUGCGCCGUCAGCUUUACAGUCAUUAUCCCGUUCCUACAAGCCCGCUCGCUCGGGGCAUCGGCCGAAGACGCGGACGCUUAUGAUCAGAUACGCUAG